AUGGCUCCACCAGGUGACAUCCUAUCGGACCCUGACAUUGCGCAAGCCUACGAGGAUGUGCGUUCCGACAAAUCAGAGACCACGUGGCUAGUUCUCAAGUAUGCGUCUGCAACAUCGGAUUCCCUGAAACUGGACAAGACCGGCACCGGCGACAUUGCGGAGAUGACGGAGACGCUGGGAAAUGACGAGGCGGCGUAUGCGUAUGUGAGAAUGAAGUUGGGAAAUGAUGAAUAUUCCGAACGGACAAAAUUCGUCUUCAUCGUCUGGCAGGGUCCUCAAACGAAGAUCAUGCGGAAAGCGAAGAUGAGCUUUCAAAGCGGAGAGGUCAAGAAAGUCAUCAGAACAUACGCGGUGGAAGUCCAAACUAGUGACAAGAACGAACUUAAGGCUGAUGCAGUUACCAUGAAGCUGCGGAAAGCCAUGGGUGCGAAUUGUGAGUCCAAUCCUUACCAACACGAUUACUCAAGCACUCCCCCUCUCCCUCAUCAUUCAACACAUGAAGCUUGGUGUUGGCUUUUUGUUAACUUGUAUGCUUUAUAG